AUAUAAUAUAAAUGCUUCCGAUAGGUUUUUGACAACUUUCAAACGUUCACAGUAUCCAGGGAAUUAUUUAUUAUUCAAAAAUAUGUUCCAAAAUUCAAAAUGAUUUUAUAAAUUUUACAAAUCUUGACAACUGAAAUAAGUCCAAUAAAUAACUAUGGUUUAUGAAUUUCCUUGAGUACUUGGACAAUAAAUUCAUCAACAUCAUUAUAGGAUUGACUAAAGAAUUCUUUAUAGGAUUCGCUAAUUCAGUAUAAAGUUUCAAAAGAAUUGAGAAUUUCCUGACUACUAUACUUAACCAUAUAAAGACUAUUGUACACAUUCUUCCAUUUCUAUGUGUAAAUGCUAAAUCCGUUCAUCGUCCAUCAUCAAAAGAUUUACUUAAAAAAUUAAAGGAAAGUAAGCUGAGUAAACUGAAAAUUACAAAAAGAUUUGAAAGUAUCGUUAAUUCUUCAGUUAAUUAAGUUAAGAUCUAUGGGAAACUGCUGUUCGAGAAAACGCAAUAGUUACCAUGCAUCCGACGGGAUCCGUACGGAUCCCAAGAGACUUGGUCAGUUCUUAGAGAAUCAACCCAAUUUACUCAUACUGGGAGCUGGCGCCGCUGGCCUCGCCUGUGCCGUGGAGCUGAAGAACAAUGGCUUCCAGAAUGUGCGUCUUGUGGAGAUGUCCGAUCGCAUUGGUGGCCGCAUACGGACAAUGAAGUUUGCCGAUAACUAUGUCGAUUUGGGUGCUCAAUGGGUGCACGGCCAGCAAAAUAAUGUCGUCUAUGAGAUGGUCGGGAAGCACAAUUUGUUGGAAUCGACGGACGGAAUGUUUCUCCACGUCGAUUGGAUACGCUCCAAUGGUGAGCGCAUAUCGCGUCCGCUGGCCAAGAAGCUGGUGAACAUCUUGUCGGAAAUAUUCACUAAACGACGCGAAGAGCUCGUCAAUCGCGAGGGCACCUAUGGCGAGUAUCUGAUGGAGAAGUUUAACGAGGAGCUCUCGAAACCCUGUUUCAGGCACAUCGAUCACGAACUUGCCGCCGAGUUUCUGCGUACCUUCAAGAAAAUGGAGGGCGGCACCGUUGAUACGGAUAUGAGCGCCGCCGGGUAUGGGACAUACAGUCCAUGUCCAGGUGACUGUUAUCUCAAUUGGCGGGACAAGGGAUUCCGACAGUUUCUGCGCGUGCUCUGCAAUGGCGACGAGAUGAAUCUGCUGGGUGAGCUGAAGGAUUGCAUCGAUCUGAACACGCGAGUGCUGCGAAUCGAAUGGGAUCGCCUCGAUGGUAGUGUGCUGGUGUCCUGCGAAAAUGACAAAAGCUAUCUGGCAGAUCAUGUGAUUGUCACCGUCUCGCUGGGAGUGCUCAAGAAAAAUGCGAAAUUCUUUCACCCCAAUCUGCCGCAGACGAAGCGCAAGGCAAUUAAUUUUUUGGGUUUCGCUCACAUUUGCAAGAUAUUCGUCGAGUUUGAGGAGCCAUUCUGGCACGAUAAUUGGCUAGGCUUUAAUGCGGUGUGGCGCAGCGAGGAUAUUAAUCAGACGCAACUGGAAUGGGUGCCAGACAUCUAUGGAUUUUAUGUGUAUGCCUAUCAGCCGCGAGUGCUAAUGGGUUGGGCGGCCGGCUCCUACACCGAACAGAUUGAGAGCAUCGAUAGCAAAGUGCUUGCCCAGGGCGUGAUGUAUAUGCUGAAGCUGUUUCUGCCCCAAGUUCAGAUACCGCAACCGAAGCGAGUGCUGAGCACCAAGUGGAGCUCGGAUCCGGCUCAUCUGGGCGCCUACUCCUAUCCCACGCUGCUAACCCAGAACUAUAAUACCGGACCCGAGCAGCUCGCCCAGCCGGUUUAUAUGUUCGCCUUCGAGCGAAAUAAAGCUACCCUACCCUGGAAUCAUAUGCCGAUUCUGGUGCGACCCAUUAUAUUAUUUGCUGGUGAGGCAACCAGCUCCAAUUAUUACUCAACGGUUCACGGCGCCGUGGAGUCGGGCAUCCGCGAAGCUCGACGCCUGACUGGCUUCUACCAGAACUAGUUGCUGUGGGUGGAGGCCAACACUUGACUCUUUUAACUGAAUGUAUGUAUUUGGUUUUUAAAAAUGAUAAGCUUCUUUCUUUACUGCUCCCUGAUGAUCUGAGGCUUAAAGUCCAGCUCGGAGGCACGUUGCAUUGAUUCGGCAUAGAGUGGCAGUCGCUGCGUCAUGCGGAAACCCCAGAAGUCCUUGACCUGGCGGCACAAAUUGAGAUCCAGCUCUACGACCAGCAGACCAUCGUUGCAGCGGGAUAAGCUCUGCGGAGAAAUGGGUUUGGAUUGAAUAUGAGAAAUAAUAGUUACUUUCGACGAAGAUUAAGUUCCCUUGCAUAAAAGAAUUGCAAUGGCAUCUUUAAUCUAAUAAAUGUUUUCUUAUAAUUCUCUU